AUGAUUAAGGUUGUUCUUUCUCUUUGCUUGGUAGCUUGUGCUUUGGGUGCUUCCAUCCCCAAUGUACAAGAAGAAGAAGGGUACAUUGUUGGAGGUAAAAACACUUCCAUUUCUGAAGUACCAUACCUUGUUGCCAUGCUCAACAAUGGUAACUUCUUCUGUGGAGGUUCAGUUGUUGCCCCCAACUUGGUAGUCACAGCUGCUCACUGCGUUUACGAACAAAACCACAAAUCUCUUGCUUUCCGUGCCGGAUCAUCCAAAGCUAACGUUGGAGGUGUUGUCGUCAAAGCCAAAAAAGUUCACGAAAACGGUCGCCUUGCCACCACUUUGCAAUCAGUUUACGUACCAGUUGUCGACAGAGAAACCUGCGAUUUGAGUCUCAAACCCGUUGUUGGACUCACCCCAAGAAUGUUCUGUGCCGGUCUUGAAGGUAAAGACAGUUGCCAAGGAGACAGUGGUGGCCCAUUGGUUGAUGAUGGAAAACUCGCUGGUGUCGUUUCCUUCGGUAUGGGAUGCGCUCGUAGAGGCAAACCCGGAGUUUACACCAACCUUGCCAACCCCGAAGUUGCCGCUUUCGUCAACAAAUACCUUAAAGCCUAA